AUGGCUGCACAACAACAAGAACUAGAUGAGAAGAACCCAUUCUAUGAGUUAGUUGUUAUUUGUUCGACUUCUGGUCAAUUUGACCAAACCGUCAAUUCGUUCAAAGAUAUUAUAAAGAAGUCUAAGUUAGUAUGUAUAAAAGACUCUGAGUUGUUGGAUUGGAUAAAGAAGUACCAAAGAAGAGUUUUGAAGUAUAAUGCCGCUCACUCCAGUAAGAUCACGAGAUUGUACAAAAGCCACGGCAAGUGCAUUCCAACACCAUAA